GCCACUGUUAAGAGCUUGAGUAAAGUCGUAAUAACUUAACACUGCUUAAUAUUUUUAAAAUAAUAGUUUGUUUGGAAACUUUGUAUAGUUUUUACUCAUUUCAAAAUGUCGAAAAACUUAAGUAUUGUUAAUAAGGAUUUAAAAGAAGAACGUGACAAAAUUAAUUUUAAUGUUGAAGAAUUUACCAAUUGGUUUUAUGGUGGAGCUGAAAAAGUAAAGGAAAAGAAAUAUAUUGAAAAUUAUUUCUUAUCUGAUAAGGAUCUAAAUUUAGAACUUGAUACGAGUUAUUUGAGCUAUAAGGACAAAUAUGAAGAAGCUGUCAGAAGGAGUAUUGUUGUUUACAAAAAGCUUUAUAAACUUCAUAACGAAAUGGGUGGAACACAUGAAGAUUUUGUAAAAAUUAUGGAAAAUCUUCGCUUUACAAUGGGAGCAAUAAAUCCUGAAGGAAAUCCGUUCGUUUUGCAUUUUUCAAUGUUUGCACUUACUAUCAUGAAUAUGACUAAUGAUGAACAAAAAGCAGAAUGGUUACCUCGUAUUUUUAACUGUAAUAUUCUUGGAACAUACGCACAAACGGAGCUUGGACAUGGAACUUAUAUUCAAAGAUUGGAAACAACGGCCACAUAUGAUCCGAAAACAAAAGAAUUUACUUUAAAUUCACCAACAUUAACAUCGUACAAAUGGUGGCCAGGAAAUCUUGGACAUACAGUUGAUCAUGCUAUUGUUAUGGCACAAUUGUAUUCACAAGGGAAAUGUCAUGGAAUACAACCAUUUAUUGUACAAUUGAGAGAUUCAGAAACACAUAAACCUUUACCUGGAAUUGAUAUUGGAGAUAUUGGUAAUAAAGUCGGUUUCCAAACGGUAAAUAAUGGAUUUUUAGGUUUCAAGAACGUAAAAGUUCCUUAUAAAAACAUGCUGAUGAAAAAUUCAAAGUUGCUUGAAGAUGGAACUUUCAUUAAACCAAAGAAUGCUAAACUUAAUUAUGGAACUAUGGUUAUUAUUCGAGUUCACAUGAUAAUAGAUGCUGCUUGUCGUAUUGCCAAAGCCACAACAAUAGCUUUAAGAUAUUCUUUAGUACGACGCCAAAGCCCUAUUAAUCCAAAUGAAAUAGAACCAAAAAUUAUUGAACAUAUUACACAGCAAAAUAAGAUUUUUCCAGGAAUCGCCAAGGCUGUUGUUUUCAAAUGUAUGGCUGACUAUUUAACAAAGUUGCAUCUUUCAAUAACACAAGAAGGAAAUACAGGCAACUUGGCUAGAAUGCCAGAGUUACAUGCACUUUCAUGCUGUUUAAAAGCUGUUUGUACUAAUGAAGAUGCAAAAACUGUAGAAGUUUGUCGACUUUCAUGUGGAGGACAUGGAUUCUUACGUUCAGCUGGAUUAGAUGAUGUGUAUAGAAAUUCAACUGCUGCACAGACGUAUGAAGGCGAAAAUACAGUUAUGUUGUUACAAGCAGCUCGAUUUUUAAUCAAAUCGUUUAAUGAGGCUAGAAACGGUGGAUCCUUGACAGAAGGAGUAAAAUAUUUAUUUGAUUUUAUUGGACGAAACGGAAAGCGUGAAAUUUUUGAUAAUUCAAUUAAUGGAAUUUUGAGAGCCAUUCAAGCUGCUGCUGCUGGUAGAACAUAUAUUGCAUGGAAACACAUUGAAGAUGACAAGCGUCAUAAUUCAAUUGAAGUUGCAACUAAUUUAGCAGGUGUGCACUUAACAAAAGCAGCAGAACUUCAUGGUUACGUCUGUCUUUUGCAAGUUGGAAUUGAAGAAAUUGAAAAGAUAAUUCGUAAUGUAUCUCCAGCUCUUGGGUUGGUUUUCAAAAAUAUCUUAGAAUUAUUUGCAGUUGAUUUAAUCCUUAACAAAAUUGGCGAUGUCAUUCAGCAUGUUGAUAUAUCUAACGAAGAUAUUGAAAAAUUAGAAAAACAGAUGGAGACUUUAUUCAAAUUCUUUAGGACAUCAGCUAUUGGAGUUGUUGACGGCUUUGAUUUUUCUGAUCCUAUCAUUGAUUCAACUUUGGGUUCUUACGAUGGAAACGUAUAUGAAAACUUAAUUAAUGCCGCUAGAAAAUCGCCACUAAAUCAAGAGGAUGUUAAUAGAACAUUUCAUCUUUAUAUAAAACCUUUCAUGAAAUCUAACUUGUAAUUAAAUUUUAAACAGGUUUUAUUUUCUAUUUAUAUGUCUGUAAUUUUAACAAAUUUUGAAUUGAUUUUAACAAAACAUGUUGAGUCAAAAAAUUUUAUAUUUUAUAUUUGUAAUUGUUAAGCAAUGGUUGUGGAAUUUAUAUUAAAAAUCUAUUAAAUGACAAAUGUUAAAUUUUGAAAAUAUCGGAAUCCAAAAAGGAGAUGUUAUUUAUUUUGUCCUUCAUAUAAACCCUAAAGAUCCAAAUAAAAAAUUAUAUUCAAUCGGGGUUUAAUAUGCUGUCCGUAAUUUAUUACACGAUAUCAUAUCCUAACCGACAAGUGAGUAUACUCAUGGUACCGUAACAUAC